CCCUGUAUACGUACGUAUAGUACGUCCUUUUCUUUGGACCCAUUCGCAACGUAUACAGAGUCGGUUCGCCCAUUUUUGGCAUUUUCCGACCUCCAUCUACGUAUAUAUUCCUUUUUACGUAUAUAUAUACACGUACGUAUAAUGUACGUUCUGAUCUUCUCCGGCCCUAUAUAUAAGUACCAGCCAGCCGCCAUGGAUCUGAUCUGAAAACUAUUACUCACUCACUCCAAACUCAAACAUUUCAUCCUCAUCCUUUUCCGAUCCUCUGUUUCUGUUUUACUUCAGGGGAUGAUGAUACAUGACUAUUGGAACGACGUCGUCGGCGAUUCUUCAACCUCCGCCGUCUCUGUGGCGGCUGAAGACCCGCUCCCGCUCCCGCCCACCGCCGCGGCUUCAUUUCAGGGUGUCUUCCAUAAUCAGUGUUUGCCGGUUGCUUCCGUCGACGGCGCUGGAAAUCAUGCGCUAUUGCUGAAGCCGUUUUUCGUUGAUCGCGGCGAUGCCGCCAGAGUAACUCCGCCGCGUCCACCCCACCGCCGCCGUCCGUCGUCGUCGCCGUCUCCGGCUCCGGUUUCCAGAGUUUUCCCGUGCCUCUACUGCUCGCGCAAGUUCUGCACUUCCCAGGCGCUCGGCGGCCACCAGAACGCCCACAAGCGCGAGAGAGCCGCCGCCCGUCAGAAAUUGUACGGCGGCGGAGGCGGGGGCGGAAGUGUUUAUGGGCCCGAGAAUCACCGCCGUCCACCGGUUCAUCAUGAUCAGUACCACGACAACUCCAACAACCGCUACUACUGGCUCCAAGCGCCUCCGCUGGUCCAGCUCCCCGAUGGCGGCGCCGGCGGAGGCUUUCGCUCAAUGGGCGGCGACCGCCACGUCUACUUUCCGUGCCCACCCACCAUGGAUUGCUGUGACGACGUCCUUGAAGACGAGGAUAGUCCAAGUACGGGAUCUGGGUCGCCAAUGCCGCCGCCAUUAUUGUCAUUGGAGACGCUCUCCGGCAUCCAUGACAUCGCCGGCAGCUUCGCUCCGUCGCUUCCCCAUUAUCUGGAUCUGGAUGAAAACAACAUUGAUCUCUCUCUUCAUCUCUAGUUAAUUAGCUUAUUAGACGAUAAUACGGAAUAUAAAACAUUAAUGCAUCUCCUAAUUAUCUUUCGGGAAGAUUAGUACUUCGUAUUUAAGUACUCCGUAUAUCUAUUUGCGGAUGGAUCGGAGUUUUAACUAAUGGACAUUUAGCCACCAUUGACAUUAAUUACGACAUAUUCGAGUAUAUACGGGUAUCUUUUAUAUGGUCGAUCAAUUUAAAA